CCAAGAGUGAAACUGAACUAUCUAAGGAAAACAGAGUGAGCAAACACCAAGAGCCGAGGGAAACCAUCUGAUUAGGGCAGCUCCGCUCAGGAGCACAACUGGCCCACGCACACCCUGCACAGGAGGAAGGUGCAGCUAGACCUCGGGCGGCGGGUGGAGGGCGCGCGGGGCCGAGGCCAUGUCCACCACCACGUGCCAAGUGGUGGGCUUCCUCCUGUCCCUCCUGGGCCUGGCGGGGUGCAUCGCCGCCACGGGGAUGGACAUGUGGAGCACCCAGGACCUGUACGACAACCCCGUCACCUCCGUGUUCCAGUACGAAGGACUCUGGCGGAGCUGCGUGAGGCAGAGCUCAGGGUUCACCGAGUGCAGGCCCUACUUCACCAUCCUGGGCCUUCCAGCCAUGCUGCAGGCAGUGCGAGCCCUGAUGAUUGUGGGCAUUGUCCUGGGUGCCAUCGGCCUGCUGGUGUCCAUCUUUGCCCUGAAGUGCAUCCGCAUAGGCAGCAUGGAGGACUCUGCCAAAGCCAACAUGACACUGACCUCUGGGAUCAUGUUCAUCAUCUCAGGUCUCUGUGCAAUCGCUGGAGUAUCUGUGUUUGCCAACAUGCUGGUUACUAACUUCUGGAUGUCUACAGCGAACAUGUACACUGGGAUGGGUGGGAUGGUGCAGACUGUUCAGACCAGAUACACCUUUGGUUCGGCCCUGUUCGUGGGCUGGGUCGCUGGAGGCCUGACGCUAAUUGGGGGUGUGAUGAUGUGCAUUGCCUGCCGGGGCCUGGUGCCUGAGGAAACCACCUACAAAGCCGUGUCUUAUCAUGCCUCGGGCCACAAUGUCGGCUACAAGCCGGGAGGCUUCAAGGCCAGCACUGGCUUUGGGCCCAACAGCAAAAACAAGAAGAUAUACGAUGGGGGUGCCCGCACAGAGGACGAGGUACAGUCUCAUCCUUCCAAGUACGACUAUGUAUAACUCCAAGACACCUCGGCAUGGGCAGAAGAACCCCCCCACCAAUUAGAGUGCACUCGAAAAACAAGGAGAUUUUACCUUGACUCCUGAUUGCUUUUGACUCACAGUUGGAAGUUAGAAAAACCUUGAUUUCAUCCAUGAAGAGGCUAGAUGGUCUGGGCCACUUGUCUCUGUCUCUAAUGCUCCAUCACAAAAACAGCCGAGUUAUCAGAUAUGAAUUAGAGGCUAUAGUUCACAGUUUCCAAUCCUCUAUUUUUUUUUAAUUUAACCUUCCUCAUCUGAUGAUAGAAUGUGGUUUGAAUUCCUAUCAGACAAUAGCCCAUCAAUGAUCUAUUUCCCAACUCAUCCCCCAGAACAAUUCUGAAGGGAAAAAAGGAGAGUCGAUCAAAAGACAUCAUUUUCUGCUAUUUGAUUUUAACCUCCCCCACCAACCUGGCUACUAAUAAACACUGACUGAAGAAGAAGUGAUGGGGAAAGAGAUAUGUAAUGUCUCCAGCUCAUUAUCUGAGUUUUCUUACACUGUGAUCUUGAACAUUACCUGGACCAAAGUGAUUUCAGUUUGAAGAAAGCUUUCUGCUUUUGUUGGCAUCUGCUAAUUCCAGCAAGACACCCCCCAGGGGUCUCCUGACCUCUCCACUGCAGGGCAUCUUUCUGUCGCAGGCCAGAAAGUGUCCCUAGAAGAAUGAGGAAAGGAUAUUUGUGGGUAAUCUGAGUAUAUUUGGUAUUCUAAAUAUAAUUAGAAUAAAUAAUAUAUUAGUGAAAUGA